AUGCCCUAUGAUCCAGACUUGGAUCUACGCUAUGGAGAUCUGAAGGGCCAGAAACCUCCAGGUCACCCAAAUGAGAUGCAAGAAGAUAAACAAGAGGAUGAGGAAGGAGGCGAUGAAGGCCCUUAUGAUGAUGAGCCUGGAGAGGCGGAUGAAAUGGAGGUUGAUUUGGUUCAACCUGACUCGAAACAGCAGCCACAAACUAUCCCUGCCUCAUCACCUAUGAGACGCCCUCCAUUCCCAGAGGCUAGAGCUGUGGUAAGGCCAACCAAACUGGAGGUGGUUCUUCAUUCUAGCCCUAGGAGGAAGAGCUUCACCAAAGUGGAUGAUGAUCGGGACCUCUUAAACGAAGCCGAACAACAACCUAAUAGCAUUACUUCUCAUCUUUUCUUGAGGCGAACAGCCAAACAUUCUGGAGCAAAACCGUCCACUGCGAUACCCUCUGUGGUCUCAUCGCCCUCCGAACAACAAGACGCUACCGACACUACUAAACCACUUCCUCAGGUCACUCCCCAGCCAAAGAAACGAGGCCGGCCGUUCGGAUGGAGGCCAGGGUGCGGACCUUACUCAUUAAUGAGAGCUGGGUUGGUUGCACCGACACCUCCGGAGCCAAAGCCAAUUAAGCCAAAACCAACGGGACAGCACAAACGGAAACGUCCUGGAAGGAAGCCUGCACUCACUGCUCGUCAGGUGUACUUGAGCUUGAAUCCCCAUUUCCCGAAGUUCCGUUUCACGCCGUCGAUCGAGGAACAGGAGAUCGAGAACGAAGACGACCGCAAGAAACGAGCCGCGCGUGUCAACCGGAUACUGGCACAACGAGACCGCAAUGCGCCUGUGGAGCCAGACUACACGGUAAAGCAACUGGAAGAGAUGGCGCGGGUGAUGAUGGAGAAGAAGACGCGGCAGAAGAUGUUGCGUGAUUAUGUCGAUCGAGUGUGUGGUGCCAGUGCUGAUGAGAGAUGGAAGGCGUGGGAUUGGACUAAGUUUGCGAGUUGGAAUGGGAAUGGGACUGAGAAAGAAACGGGGAAUAGCAACGGAAAUGGUACCGCAAGUUGA